AUGGACUUGGAUACGGAAACACAAGGUGUAGCCAAGGAUGGCUCAAACACUCAGGGUGUGUACAUCUAUCGACCUGUAACUUCCGCGAAAGCUCACGGAGAGCGGCCUUCGAAGCGACGAAAGGUGCAACCCGAGAUUAAGGAACAGAAAAGUGAAUCGCACCCCUUUGUUCCUUUACUGGACGGCGAAGAAAACGAGUCAUCGGUCGAAUUGAGGUACAAUGCCUACCGGCUAUUGUGGUCAACUCAGGAAACCAAGAUCCAGGAGAUUCUAGAUGACGUGGAUUCCGAAGUUCUUGAGAACGUUUUAUCCUUCGUCAGGUCGACCUCGCAUCUGACAUAUGACGGCUGCAUCCCCACAGCAUUGAUAACAGUCGGAUCCAAUGUUUCAUCGCUUGGCAGACUGUUAUCCAAGCUCAAUGACCAGUUAGCUGCGUCAGAGGAAGGCGGAGUGGUCAUACUGGAGUCUGGUGAUGCGCCAAAUCUGAAGGCAACGCUGAAGAAUAUUAUCCGAGCUGCCGUCACAAACACGGAAGGUAACAAUGGGUAUCAGAAUUUCCUGACGGACCGAGAGGGACCCAGACUUCUUGGGUAUGAUCUCGAUUUACUUGGAGAUUAUGUGAAAAGGAAAGGGAUCAAAAAGCUGGUCGUAGCAUUCCGUGACAGUGAAGCGUUUGAUCCGAACAUUCUAACUGAUCUCCUGUCCCUCUUAAGUUCCUGGCUUGACCGGAUACCAUUUACCUUAUUGUUUGGUAUCUCAACAUCUGUUGAACUCUUCGAAGGAAGGCUUCCUCGGUCAAGCGUAGCCCUUCUUAGAGGUAGAUACUUUGAGAUUCACGGAGCAAGUAAUUGCGUUGAUCGCAUGUAUGAGCGGUUACAAGCAGACCAAAACGGACGAUUCUGGCUAGGACGCAAUAUUACAGGGGUUUUGUUUGAGAAAUCGAAUGACUAUUUCCAAACACCGGAGGCCUUCAGUCGGACAGUUAAGUAUGCGUAUAUGACACACUUCUUUGCCAAUCCAUUGGCAAUGCUCCUAUCAGAAGAGAUUUCCGUCAAUAGGCAACAGGGGAAGGUUUGCGAAGCAAUUAGAAACCUCCCAUCUUUCCGAAGAUUUUGCGAGCAUCUACUUGAUGACGAUUCUACUGAACAAGUGCGCAGCCUGUUGGAAAACGACGAGUUUCUGUUUCAGCAAAGCUUAAAGUACAUAGAAAUCGGACAGCAACGGAUGAGAAGUAUAUUCCAUGUCGUCAAGACGGUCUAUCUAUGCCUUAAGAGCAUGGAUAUAAGAAAAAAGCUUACGAUACCGGAUUUGUCAAUUCGUGCACUAUCCGGAGAUUUGCAAGAUUCAACUUACAUGGAUGACCUUCUUAAGGGCCUGAAAACGUUGGAUUCCUCAAAGCUGAAGGAAGUCCUGGCGUUUAUGCCUCAAGACCUGACUGACUGUCCGGAUUUCCAAGAAAUAAAGAAAGACUUCGAAGCUCUUGUGCAGACAUACCAGGGUACGGAGCCGCUCCGGAGUGAGUAUGACAGCCAUAAUUCCAUUGUGGCGGCAACUGUGGUCCAACAGCGGGUGAAGCUCAGUAAGAGCAAAGCCAGAUUACCCCAGCAAAAUAUUGAGUAUACCAAGGUAAUCGAUCGCGUUUAUGCUCUGUCAGAAAAGUAUUUUGUGGAAACAUUGGUGAUACCACAAGACUUGUUCUUGCAUGAAGCCUUUCUUCUUGAUAUGAAAAAUCCCUUGAAGGAGAUCUUCUCCCCUAGGCCACGUUUCGCGAUCGAACGUGCCUUAGCCAAUCCUUUCGACUACCUAAUGUCAAUGUCGGAUAGGACGGAGGCCAGGAUUUCCGCGCGACAGCCAGCCACUGCUAUCCUAUAUCAGCUGUAUCUCGAGUCCGGGGCACUGGUGAACGUUUACGACCUUUGGCAAGCUUUUUAUGCGGUGUUUGAGAGUGAACAAGGUGACGCUUGCGAUGAACGGAUGACUAUGACAUUGUUCUAUCGGGCGGUAUCAGAACUCAAGGCGCUUGGUAUGCUUAAAAGCAGUCGGAAGAAGGUGGAUCACGCUUCCAAAUCAGCAUGGAUUGGACUAUGA